UGGCAGCAGCAACAAAACAAUCCAACAAACACAAGUACUCCUAUUUAGAUUCUGUCCUUGUUCCAGUCGGCGAAGUUUCCUAUUGUUUCUUUCUUUUCUUUCCUUCCUACUCCUAUAUUACUUGUCCGUCACCAACAAACAAUAUCUCUUUUAUAAGCUCACCUUAAUUACAUCAAACUUGUCUGCUUUUUUUUUUCACUUUUCUUGAAUAUGGGUCUUUGGGAUUCUUUACUCAAUUGGCUUCGCAGCCUAUUUUUUAAACAGGAAAUGGAACUUUCCCUUAUAGGCCUUCAAAAUGCGGGGAAGACAUCUCUUGUCAAUGCCAUUGCUACUGGAGGCUACAGCGAGGACAUGAUUCCGACGGUUGGAUUUAAUAUGCGUAAAGUUACAAAAGGAAAUGUGACCAUAAAACUCUGGGACCUUGGAGGCCAAAGAAGAUUUCGCACUAUGUGGGAGCGCUAUUGUCGGGGUGUCUCUGCGAUAUUGUAUGUUGUUGAUGCUGCUGAUAGAGACAGUGUACCCAUAACCAGAACUGAGUUACAUGAACUUUUGAAGAAACCUUCAUUAACUGGAAUUCCUUUGCUUAUAUUGGGAAACAAAAUUGACAAAUCAGAAGCUCUUUCACAGCAGUCGUUGGUCGAUCAACUAGGUCUUGAUUCGAUAACAGAUAGAGAAGUAUGCUGCUACAUGAUCUCAUGCAAGGAUUCCGUAAAUAUUGAUGCUGUUAUCGAUUGGCUAAUUAAGCACUCAAAGACAGCGAAAUGAAGAGAGCUUCUGGGCUUUGUUCUUGAUGCCUCACGCGGGGGAUACAGUUAUCUGGAAAAUAGAAUGUAGUUUUUGAGGGUCUUGAAAUGAUCUGCUAAUAUAUUUUCUGGCUGAUAUUCUUUUGUUGGUUCUAUAUAGUUGUUGAUUACAAUUCUGUGUUAUAAGUGCUUGAACAGUCGCACAUCUUUCAUUAUGAAUUUGCAUUGUCUGUCA